ACCGCUGAACUCCCACCUGACAUGACGCUAAGUGUAACAACAAUGGCGGCCACACUAGUCCCCGCACAUCUACCAUGAAGCGGUCUUGUUUUGGGGGUUCAGUCAGAAAGUUACCGUGAUGUUCUGGAACUCGGCAGCCCAGCGGGCCGGCGUUGUCCGGUCCUGGUGUCGAACCGCCGGCCUUAUCAGGCGCCGUCAGUCACUCUUCACCUCCGCCAAGUUGACCCGAGAAGACGUCGAGGUGAGCCGGACACUGAGGGAGUGUUCCCUGGCGGUGAGCCCCUUCAGCACGGUGCGAGCGCGGCUUGGGUGCAGUAUAUCCAUCCAGCCUGUGGACCCGCAUGCCUUCCCUGAAGCCGACCGAGCCUUCGUCACUAUCCGCGGAGGGAAGUCGCCAAGCGGCGAGGAGGAGGGUGUGGAUGACUUUGACGUCCAUUACGACGAAGACGGCAAGGAGCUGCUCAUCUUGGCCGAGAGGGACGACAGCAGCCUGUCGGUUCAUGUGUCUGCUCCCAUUAAGAGUAAUAUCGUCAUUAACACCCGUGGGAAAGGCAACGUGGAGGUGAAGAAUAUGGAGUGUGACAUCUGCCAGGUGCACACAGAAAAGGGCACAUGUUCACUGCACUCCGUCAAGGGUCAUCAAGUGGAGGUGCGCUCGGGUGGAGACGUCAGCGUGGGCACCGUCCACGGCAACGUGGACAUCAGCGCUUCCGGAGACAGUGCGGUUCGUGUCAAGAAGCUGCAGGGCACCACCAUGAGGGUCUCCACGGAACAUGGCGGUCUGAGGGUCAAGGCCAUCUAUGCCGAGUCCAGCUGCAUCUCGUCCAGCACGGGGGACGUGGAACUUGGACUCGUGCACGGGGACGCCUCAGUGAAGAACACAUCAGGGGACACACACAUAGACGGUUCAAAUGGCUCCUUGAAGGUUUCCUCUCAAACCGGGGUCAUUGACGUCUACGUGGGAGACGGAGGAAGCGCCGAGGUGCUCAGCCAGGAAGGAGCGGUGUGCGUACGCGUGCCGUCCUCGCUGAGAGCAGAGGUGGAGCUCACUGGCGCGUCGGUGCACAUCGGCCGUGAUGUGACGUUGCAUCAGCUGCAGAGGAACACCACGGAGAGCCACACCCAAGUUACUGGCUACAUGAACACUGACAGUUCGGCGGCGCAGCGGAUCAAAGUGACGACAAAAAGUGGCUCGGUCAGCCUGAAGACACAAAGCUGGUUCGAGUCCCUGAAGCUGGGGGGAUAAAAAAAAAAAGUAAGCUCACUCAAGAGACCAUCCGUUCCUGCACCUCCAGCAUGGGACGUAACCUCAGCUCUUAUUCAUUGCACACGCCCACCAAAUAAAUGAUCAAUAAUUACA